AUGACAUUCUUGGGAACACUUGUUGCAGUUCUCUUUGGUGCCCUAUCGUUCAUCACCUACUUCCAUCAUGGAGAACAUCAUCUCCAUGGCGCAAGCUAUGUCACUACUUUCUUCCUGACAUGUACCAUUUCAACGGCAUAUCUCACCUGGAUUCAAGGACAUGCCAUCAACGAAGCCCUCAACACCACCAUCCAGAUUGCAACAUCCUUUCUCGCUGGAUUAUACACAACAUGCAUUCUCUACCGCAUCGGCCCCCUCCAUCCGCUAAACAAAUUUCCAGGCCCCUUCAGCGCCCGAAUCAGCAGUCUCUGGCUCUGCUUCCAAGUCUCACCCCAAAAACAAGCACAUCUCACCAUGCUCGACAUACAUCAAAAGUACGGCAAAAUCGUGCGCGUGGGAUCCAACGACUUAUCAAUCGUGCACCCAAAAGCCGUUGAAAAGGUUCACAACACAUGCCUCAAAGGCCCCUUUUACGAUCUCAAUAACCCGGAUACGUCUGUCCAAAGCACGCGCGACAAGACCUUCCAUGAUAAAUGUCGUCGACCAUGGAGUAUGGCAUUUACGGAUAACAGAUUGCGCGAUUACGAGCCGAGGAUAAAAAAGAUUCACAAACAUCUCCUCGCACGAAUUGACCAGGACUCGAAGAACAACGAGAAUGACGGCAAACCCGUUAACGCAACGCGUCUAAUCAACCAUUACGCCUUCGAUGUAAUGGGUGAAGUCGCCUUUGGAUCGCACUUUGAUAUGUUGAACACUAGCAAGAGCCACGAAGCCGUUGAGAUGUUGAAUGAAUCAAUGGGUAUGUUGGGGUUUAUGUGUCCGAUUUGGCUGGUACGGUUUGCUGUCGCAAUACCGGGCUUGACGCGGAAGUGGUGGAUAUUUGUGGAGUAUUGUUUUCAGCAGAUGGAAAUGUGUAGACUGACGAAACCGAGCUCGCCGGUCAUCGCGUCCACUCUAGUCAAGCCAUAUGAGAAGCGAGAGCCGACUCCGUUUGAGAAGAGGGUGCUAAGAGGAGAGGCGCAGUUGAUUGUGGUGGCUGGAAGCGACACUACAUCCGCAGCCCUAACAUGCGCCCUCUACGAGCUUGUGCGCAAUCCUCAUAUCACAAACCAACUGCGCGAGGCGAUUUCUGCAUCCCUUUCUCCCAACGAGAAAGAUAUUAGUGCCCAUCAUGUCCGAAACCUAGACAUUCUGAACGGCAUCAUCAACGAGACCCUCCGUCUUUACCCGCCUGUUCCUACGACAUUAUGGCGUCUGACGCCCCCUGGGGGACUAUGGAUCGAUGAGGAGACGUACAUUCCCGGAAAUGUAACAGUAUCAACGCCCCAAUAUGUGCUCGGACGAAGCAACGACCUCUACGAACGUCCCAAUGACUUCAUCCCAGAACGAUGGUACUCCAGACCCGAAAUGAUCAAGCAAGAGAAAGCAUUCGCACCGUUUAGUGUUGGCCCAUUUAGUUGCGUCGGCAGACCCCUGGCAAUGAUGAAUCUGCGUAUGACGCUGGCACAACUCAUAUAUACAUAUGAUAUUUCGCUCCCCCCUUCGAUGACGAUGGAUCAAGCGCGUGCCGCGAUGGAGGGGAAUAUGAAGGAUAAUUUUACGCUUAUGCCGGGGCAGUUGGAUUUGGUAUUUACGAGGAGAGAUUAA